GGUUCGUUAGAAACGAUCUUGUUUAAGUAUUUAAAUACGGUAUUUUUCACUAUAAUGCGAAAAGAAGAUAUUUAAGCAAACAAAAAUAACAGCAUUGUAAAUACUUAUGAAGAGAUUGUCAUACAUAACAUUUUUUAUAACGGUUUGUGACACACAAGUCUUUUUCUCAAUAGUAUAUGAAAGAAUAUAGAAGGAUCAUCCAUAACAGUCUUCAAAAUGACGAUUCAAGAUAGAGAAAGUGUCAUGGCAACCAGCUUGAAUUCAAUUAAGGGAAAAGCUCGACCAUAUUUUGUUAAUUGGAGUGCGAUUAGUGGUAGCCAUUUUGUAACAAGUGAUCUUGGAAGACGAUUCUCAACGAGUGUGUUAGAUAGUAUCAUAUUAGAAAGCAGCAACGAAAACAUGGAACUAAACAACAACAACGACGAAGAAAUCAACGUCAAAACAAAAAAUAAUGACGGCACAAAUCAUCUAUUGAGUCACUCAGAAUCUGAUGCAAUUUCUGGUAUUGAAUAUAUGAGACCAAGACGCCGUGUUAAAAAUCCCAAUAAAAUAUAUCGACUAAAAAAACAUCUCUCCGAUUAUGACAUCGUUUAUUUACAUGUUGAUUCGACAGACGACGACGGGAAUACUGCUGAAACGUCAGAAACUUCAUUACCGAGAAGACCGCCGUCAGCCGGCGCUUACGACAGCAGUGAUAGCGAUGAAAGUGAAAUGGUAAAAAGAUCUCUGCUAAGACAACACUCAAAAUCGGAAUCUAAUAUCAACAUACAACCAUUAGGUCCGACAGUUUGCCCGGUUAGUCGUAUCAAAAAGUCGUCAAGUCAUAGAGAUAUAACGUCAACACAGAUGUAUAAAGAGAUAUAUGCCGACAAUCUGCGACAAUACGGAUUUCUACUGGCCAAGCAAUUGGGGACAUCAAAUCAAUCUCCUGACCAAUUACGAAAGACGUACUUAAAAAACCGUCAAAGAGCUACCGAGCGGCGAGAACGCGAUGAAACAUCCGAAAACGGUAGAACACGAAGAAGAAGAAGCGAUAUCGAAUCCCCUAUAUUAACUCGUCGUAAGAUUUCAAGUAAUUCUUCCAGCACGUCAGAUUUAUCAUCCAGCAAAUACACCGACUCUCUAACCGACAUAACGAACGUCGGUAACGAGAGAGAAAGUAUACGAAAACCAUCGACGGUUAUUAGACGUAAAAAAUACCAUGUACCACGUGAUCCAACAAAAAGAUUAUCGGCACCACAGCUGCCGUCUAAUGGCCGAUUAAUAGAGGACAUAGUAAGAAAAACGUCGUUACCGUCAUCACCGACAAAAUCGUCGUCAAUGUCGUCACUUAGCGUCCCAGAUUUGUCAAUAUAUGCUGAUGAUAUAGCCCAAGACGAUAAACCGCUGAGAAAAUUGUCAGAAGAAUCACGACGGCGGCACAUGGAAGCAAAAGAACGACAGAACUACAGAAUGUCUCGUCUGACGUCUUUUGAAGGAGUCUUGUCGCAAGCUAACAAGUUAAUGAAGGACAUAAAAACACGCCAAAAAACAUCACCCAGUACUUCAUCGGAGGUGUUGUGCGACACGUUAUAAACCGAUAAUGACAGUGAAGUACUAUGUUCAUAGCGUUAAAUUCGUAGAAUCAUAAACGACGCGACGAAGUAUUCGCCAAUCAUAUUUAACGCGAUCAAGUAUUCGCCAAUCAUAUGCUACUAUUAUUGAGAUGUGAAGCAUUUGAAGCGCUAUAAAAUAACUUUUUUUAAACUAAUAUUUAAUAUAAUAGUACCACAUUAUAUUUCUGUACAGAAGUUGUUAUGUACUUGUUUUGUAUAUAGUGUUACAUGUCAUCAAAUGUUUAUGGCAAGUUGAGUCAUGCUGGCCAUGAUACUGAAAUUUUCAAACUAGUUUGCUUAUUUUCUUAUUUUAACCUUAAAAAAUAUUUGUAAAUUUUAUAGUCUUUUACUUUUUUAGUUCAUUAUCAAGUCAUAUUUUUAUUUUUAACAGAAGUUCUUUAAUCCUAAUUCAUUGAGCUGAAUUUUUCUUUAUAUCAAAAUCCAUUGAGCCUUCAGUCAUUGAGCUCUAAAGUGUUCUCAUUAAGAUGUAAUGUUGUAUAUCGUUCUCUUUGACAGUUUAUUGAGUUCCAUUCUACAAAACCGGAUUUCCAGGAAAACUUAGCACAACCUAGCAUGUUGUUUUGGAUUUAAUGAUCAAGGGAUAAUACUAGUUAUAUAUAACCUUUGGUGCACUAUGAAACUUCGUUACGAUGCCCAUGACAUUUUUUCCCUUGGAAAUCCGGGAAUGAAAUCCUACCACGAUAUCUAUUCAGUUUUACAGUUCUUUUUUUGUAUUUUUAAAAAUUUUAUGAAGAAAGGUCGGCGUUAACUCUUGG